AUGAGUUUCGCCAUCGAAGUCUCGGGCGAUGCGAGUCCUCUCGAUUUCCAGACACUCUGUCGUGCCCUGCAGCUGGCCACUUCCCAUGACUACACCCAGCGGCAAGCGAUGGGCCGGCAGCUCGUGUCUUGGGAGCAGCAUCCGGGCUACUACUCGUCCCUGCAGGCAGUCUAUCUCGACAAGAGCCUUCCGACCGACAUGAGAUUCUUAGCCGUCAUCCAGCUCAAGAACGGCGUUGACAAGUACUGGCGCAUGUUCGCGCAAGCCAAGAACGGAAUAAAGGCGGAGGAGAAGAAGCUGAUCAGGUCGAAUCUCUUCAAGGGCACAAUCGACGAGGACGAAAAGAACUUGGCCCUUCACAACGCCCUGGUCGUCGCCAAGGUUGUUCGGAUCGACUAUCCGGGGGAAUGGCCCGACGCCCUCUCCAGCAUCAUCUCCCUCUUACGCUCGUCAAAAGAUGGCAGUCAGCGGCAUCUGUACGGGACCCUUCAGAUACUCCUUCGCGUCGUCAAGGAGCUCGGCACGGCUCGCCUGCGAAGGUCGCAGACUGCGCUGCACUCCGUCACACCCGAACUCGUCUACCUGCUCAGCGAGAUAUUUUCGGAAAGGACCGACGCCUGGUUUUCCUUCUUGAAUGGCCGACAGGGAAAUGAGCUGGAGGCGACGAUGGCGAUGCACAACAGCCUCCUCGCGCUCAGGACCCUUCGACGCCUCGUCGUGCACGGAUACGAGCGUCCUCAUAGCGACAAGUCUGUUGAGAAAUUCUGGACCUUGUCGCAACACCAAUUUGGUCUUCUCCUGAGCUUCGUCGCUCAAGACUCGACCAUCCCUGCCACCUACCAAGACAUGCUGGGCAAGCACCUGUUGCAGUUCACCAAGCUGCACGUCGACGUCGCCGAGCAGCAGCCGGCGAGCUUUUCCAUCCUUCCCAACUCUCUAUCCCUUGUCCAUGCCUACUGGGAUUUGGUCGCCAAGUUUUCGCAAGUCUUUGACAAGUCGGGCGGAAUCCGGCAUGGCGCCGGCGAGGCAGGCUCUGCCAAGGCAAAGGUCGAAGGGCCGCUGCAGGAGAGACUCGCUCUGAGGGGUCUGCUUCUCAUCCGCGCCUGCGUCAAGAUUGCCUUUCAGCCGCUGCAAACUUUCAAGUACCGAACGCCGGAGUUGAAAGCCGAGCAGGAGCAGGGGAAGGCCGUGAUCAAGAGCGAGCUGUUCAAGGAUGAAUUUGUCAUCUCCAUCGUCAACAUCAUCAUCUCCCAUCUCUUUCUCUUCCGCAUGUCCGACCUAGAAUCAUGGGAAGAAGACCCGGAAGAGUGGGAGCACCAGGAGCAGAGCGAAGGCAACGCGUUUCAAUGGGAGGUGCGGCCGUGCGCGGAGAAGCUCUUCCUGGACCUGCUCACCCAUUUCAAGCAACUCAUCGUCCCUCCCCUGCUGUCGUACUUUCAGACGGCCCAAGCGCCUCAUGCGGACCUGGCGACGAAGGAGGCCGUGUACACGGCCAUGGGCUUGGCCGCGGCUCAUGUCUGCCAGCAUCUCGAUUUCGACGCUGUGCUAUCGUCGACGGUUGUCCACGACGCGCAGCAGCAGGGUGGCCUGUGCAAGGUGCUGCGGCGAAGAAUCGCCAUCCUGAUAAGCCAAUGGGCGACGAUCAAGCUAUCCGCCAGCAGCCGCCCCGUGGCGUACCAGAUAUUCCAACAUUUUCUCAACCCAAACGACGAGACCAACGACCUGGUGGUGAGAAUCACGGCCGCCAGACAGCUGCGGUGGAUCGCGGACGAGCUCGACUUCAGCACCGACGACUUCCUGCCGUACACGUCGGAUGUUCUGACGCAGCUCGUCAAAUUGAUUCAGCAGAUCGAGGUGGAUGAGACGAAGCUGGCCAUUCUCGAGUCCAUUCGAAUUCUCGUGACGCGGAUGGAGGAGCAAGUGUCCCAGUUUGGCGACCAGCUGAUGACGACGCUGCCGACCGUGUGGGCCAACUCGGGCGCCGAGGAGUACAUGAUCAAGCAAGCCAUCAUCGCCAUAUUCUCCGCUCUCGUCAUGAGCAUGGGCGGCAGCUCACAUCGGUAUCAGAGCUUCACGAUCCCGCUGCUGGCCGAGGCGGCGCGGCCGGGGUCUGACCUGCACGUUCAUCUCAUCGACGAAUCGCUCGAGCUGUGGAACGCCAUCCUCCUGCAGAGCAGCGGGCCGCUGUCUCCCGACAUCAUCAGUCUCGUCGAGAUGGCGCUGCCCCUUGUCGAGUAUCAGCCGGAGACGGCGUCUCAGGCGCUGAGCGUCAUCGAAUCCUACCUGCUCCUCGCUCCCGAUGCCAUGCUGGGGGACCGCUUCCGCCGGCCAACUCUGGCGGCCCUUUCGGGAACGCUGGAUUCGACGAGUCGCGAGCACGUGCGAAUCGGCACCGUCUGCGUCGAGUAUCUCAUCCGAGCCGCGGCGGAGCUCGGGGGUUCGAGCGGGACGUCGUUCAUCCUCGAGGACAUGAUGGAGACUGGCUUCCUGAGCAAGAUAAUGACGAAUCUUCGAGACGCAUGGGAGGCCCACCAGACGACGGGGCCGAAGAAGAAGAUCAGCAAGCUCAACACGAUAACGGAGGGCGAUUACUUUGCCAUCUUGGCCCGUCUCGCGCUGGCGGAUCCGAACCUCUUCGUCCAGAUGCUGACGACCUUUGGCAGCCUGGACGACGUUUGGGCCUGGCUCUCGGCGGAGUGGUUUUCCUUCCUUCGCGACUCGGACCGAAUAGAACGAACGAAGCUGUACCUUCUCGGCAUCACCCGACUUCUCGAGGUCUCGUCCCCGAUGCAGGAACUUGUCCUAGGAAGUCUCCAGGGCUAUUUUGACAUGUGGACCAGCGUGAUCACGGACGUCCAGGACGGUGUCGCGAACGGGCCCGACACGCUCGUCUGGACCGAGAUGGAGGCAACGGAAUACGACACGGCAAAGAGCGUCGCGCAGCGGCAGAUGGAGGCCAACGAUGCGGUGCACUCGGUGUCUGCCCUUCACUUUGUCGCGCCGCAGCUGGAGGGUCUCGUAGCUCGCGUCGGCGGCGAGGCGGUGUUUCACGAGCAGUGGGCCGUCAACGUGGACAAGGAAGUGCUACGUCGGUUCCAGGAGAUGAUGGCUCGGGCGGCGCAGCACGAGGCAUGA